GGCACGGGCACGGAGCGAACCCGGUCGGAGCGCGGCACCCAGCGGUCGCUGACGCCGGGCCGGCAGCGGUAGCAGCGACCGCGGCGGUGCCGGAGGGAGCCUCUCCGUGCUCGGCUCCGCCGUGCCGGUGACCUUCCCGGAGCUGAUCGCCAGGCCGGGGCAGGGCCUCCUCUCCCCGCGGAGAGUGUGCACCAGGCCCGGGGGAGAGGGCAGGAGGCUGGGCCGGAAUCCCCCGUCGCCCCCGGGUCCUGCUGGCCGCCGGCGGGGCCUGUGCGCCGCGCGGUUCGCCGCCGGCGAGAGGGGCGGGGGAAGGCGGGCGGGACGGACGGACGCGGCCGGGCUGCACCUCGGGACAGCGCGGGGCAGGCAGGCCCCGCGGAGAGCUGAGCCGGGCGGCGGAGGAGGCGGCCACCUCGGCGGCGCAUCCCGGGAAGAGUCGGGACCUCGCCACCGCCCUCCUCCUCCUCCUCCUCCUCCCACCGUCAGCGGCUCCUCGUCCCGCGGAGAGCGGAGCUGCCGCUGCCGCCCCAGCUGCGACCCGCUGGCUGACAGCCCCGGCGCGCCGGGCUGCGGGGACGGAGCUGGAGCUGCCCGCCUGGAGCGGCGGACGGGGAAGGAGCGCUUGCCUGCGCGGAGCGGCGGGCGCUGAGCGCCCGUCCCGGCGGCCCGGGAGCACCCGGAGAAGGUGUCCUGUGACGGCCCUUGAUCAGAAAGGCUGCAAGUCAUGUAAGAGCCGCAGUAACUGCAGAGUCUCUGAUGGAUAAUUGGAUUGGGAGUAAUAUGUGGGAGGCUGUGGACUAUUUGCUUCCAACAUAGGAACAGCAAUUGGUUGGAUUCUGCACUCCGGAGAGAAUGCUGGGAAUCUGCAGAGGGCGACGGAAAUUCCUGGCUGCCUCUCUGACCAUCCUUUUUGUCCCAGCCAUUACCUGGAUUUAUCUGUUUGCUGGGAGUUUUGAAGAUGGCAAGGCCGUGUCGCUGUCCCCGCUGGAGCCGCAGGCGCACAGCCCCCGCUACGCGGCGUCGAGCCUGGAGCUGCGCGUGCGGGAGGUGGAGGAGGAGAACCGCGUGCUGCGCCGCCAGCUCAGCCUGGCGCAGGGCCGGGCCCGCCACGGCCACGGCAACCGCUCCAGAACCUACUCCAUGGAAGAGGGCACGGGCGACAGCGAGAGCCUGCGCGCCGGCAUCGUGGCGGGGAACAGCUCCGAGUGCGGCCAGCAGCCCGCCGUGGAAAAGUGUGAGACCAUCCACGUUGCCAUUGUCUGUGCAGGGUACAAUGCCAGUCGGGAUGUUGUCACACUCGUCAAGUCUGUCUUAUUUCACAGGCGAAACCCGCUGCACUUCCACCUCAUCGCAGAUGCAAUUGCCAAACAGAUCCUGGCCACUCUGUUCCAGACGUGGAUGGUCCCUGCUGUGCGCAUAGACUUCUAUGAUGCAGAUGAGCUCAAGUCUGAAGUGUCUUGGAUCCCCAACAAACACUACUCUGGGAUUUACGGGCUGAUGAAGUUGGUUCUGACUAAGACUCUACCUUCCAAUCUUGAGCGAGUCAUUGUCCUCGACACAGACAUUACAUUUGCCACUGACAUUGCUGAGCUAUGGGCCGUCUUUCACAAGUUCAAAGGGCAGCAAGUUCUUGGCUUAGUGGAGAACCAGAGUGAUUGGUAUUUGGGCAAUCUUUGGAAGAACCAUCGGCCCUGGCCAGCACUUGGGAGGGGCUACAACACAGGGGUGAUCCUGCUGCUGCUCGACAAGCUGCGGAAGAUGAAGUGGGAGCAGAUGUGGAGACUCACGGCCGAGAGGGAGCUGAUGAGCAUGCUGUCCACUUCACUGGCUGACCAGGAUAUCUUCAAUGCAGUCAUCAAACAAAAUCCCUUCCUUGUCUACCAGCUCCCAUGUUUCUGGAAUGUGCAGCUUUCAGAUCACACCCGUUCCGAGCAGUGCUACAGAGAUGUGUCUGACCUGAAGGUGAUUCACUGGAACUCACCGAAGAAGCUGCGAGUGAAAAACAAGCAUGUGGAGUUUUUCCGCAACCUCUACCUGACAUUCCUGGAAUAUGACGGGAAUUUGCUGAGACGGGAACUCUUUGGCUGCCCCAGUGAAGCAGAUGUGAACAGUGAAAAUCUCCAGAAGCAGCUGUCUGAGCUGGACGAGGAUGACUUGUGCUAUGAAUUCCGGCGGGAGCGCUUCACCGUCCAUCGCACACAUCUGUAUUUUCUGCAUUACGAGUACGAGCCUGCUUCAGACAACACCGAUGUGACGCUGGUGGCACAGCUGUCAAUGGACAGGCUCCAGAUGCUUGAAGCCAUCUGCAAGCACUGGGAAGGCCCCAUCAGCCUGGCGCUGUACCUCUCGGAUGCAGAAGCCCAGCAGUUCCUGCGCUACGCCCAGGGCUCGGAGGUGCUCAUGAGCCGCCACAACGUUGGCUACCACAUCGUGUACAAGGAGGGGCAGUUCUACCCUGUGAACCUGCUCAGGAACGUGGCCAUGAAGCACAUCAGCACACCGUACAUGUUUCUGUCCGACAUCGACUUCCUGCCCAUGUAUGGGCUCUACGAGUACCUCAGGAAGUCUGUCAUCCAGCUAGACCUAGCUAACACCAAGAAAGCUCUGAUUGUACCUGCCUUUGAGACCCUACGCUACCGCCUCUCCUUCCCCAAGUCAAAAGCAGAGCUGUUAUCUAUGUUGGACAUGGGAACCCUCUUUACAUUCAGGUACCACGUCUGGACGAAAGGGCACGCGCCAACAAAUUUUGCCAAGUGGCGAACAGCCACCACCCCCUACCGCGUGGAGUGGGAAGCAGACUUUGAGCCAUACGUCGUCGUCAGGAAGGACUGCCCGGAGUAUGACAGGCGCUUUGUGGGAUUUGGCUGGAACAAAGUAGCUCACAUCAUGGAACUGGAUGCACAGGAGUACGAGUUCACCGUGCUGCCCAACGCCUACAUGAUCCACAUGCCGCACGCGCCCAGCUUCGACAUCACCAAGUUCCGCUCCAACAAGCAAUACCGCAUCUGCCUCAAGACGCUCAAGGAGGAGUUCCAGCAGGACAUGUCGCGCCACUACGGCUUCGCGGCCCUCAAGUAUCUCACGGCCGAGAACAACAGUUAGCGCCGCGGGGCCGCUCGGCGCUCGGACCUGCUCCUCGCGCUGCAAACUGAGAAGUACUUGCUGUUUUUAUAUGGUACCUGGCGGUUCUAACAGUAGGAGUUUGAAGUGGCGUGUCUCGGGACUGCGCUCAUCCAUCCCUUCCCGGCUAGCCCGGGCCUGUCGGCGUGCGUGAGGUGUCUGCGAGUGGGGCCGGGCCAGGGGCUGGGACUGCACUCCGCUCUCUUGACUGCAGAGCACAGACAGACCUUCUGAAUAUAGGAUUUCAUGUUGCUAUUUAAUAAUUUGACAUGCUUUUUAUCUGUAAAGGAAGAUCUUCGGGUCGCUGUCCUGUGAAUUUCAAAUCUGCACUACUCUAAAAGGGAACUUUCACCUGUGAACUUUCACAGGGGCCCUGUUAAACAUGGAUGACCUUGUUAAUGCAGGAUGAGCCAAAGGUCUGAAUUAGCCUUGAAAACACAGGGGACACUUAUACAGUACUGCACUCCUGAGAAGGUGUGUUACUGGUUCAGUUGUAUACAUGAUAUUGGUUGGUCUCUUUUUCUCAAAUUAAUUGUUUUAUCAGGAAAAUCCCCUAUAUCCCACCCUGCCUAUGCCCCAGUCCUAAAUGCUGCUCCUUUCCUUGCCAAGGAAAUAUCUCCCUUGUGUUUCUUUGCCAUCUUCAGUUUUGGUGGUCAGUAAAGAAGAUCAGUAGCUCUGCCAGAAAGUGAACAAAACUUGUCAGUUUAAGGUCUGUUUUCAUCAUCAAGAGCAACUUGUUCACAUGUCUCAUAAGAUAGAGGGCCUGGCUCUAACCCUUUAUCUUUCUUAGGCAAGAAUUGGAUUUUACCUAUAAGGCACGUUGUACCAGGGGAAUACUGAUUUGUAGGCUCAUUUCAGUGCUGCCCAUCCAUGAAGGCACUGGGCCUUAGGCUUUAAAUGGACUUCUUUGCUGAACAGUGAAUACAAACUAGUAAAAAGGCAACUAGUAGCCUUGGUGCUCUCCUGCUGCCUGCUGCAAGGUCUCAGAACUACUUCGUUAAAGGAGUUUAUAAUUAAAAGGAGCAGAACUGUUAGGAAUAAACUCCCCAUUGGACGGGGAGAAAAGAAUGUGUUAGGAAUCUGAGUGAGUGUUUGCUUGAACGUGGACGGGUCCAGUUCACAACAUCGGUACACACAGGAGUUCGCUGGAGGGCGAACAGGAACCUAACAAGCAAAAUGCAGAAAACAAGACACUGGACUUUUUGCCAUUUUCUUUAUCUUCAGUAUUAAUGUUGUGUUUACAUGGGAGGAAGAGAUGAGGUGCACUACCCCUUGCAGGGCUAUUUGUAAUUUCUGUUGCAAUGUUAAUAGAGAAAGCAGAAACAACUCAGUGAGAAAUGUGUCUGUCUCCCUACCCCAAGCCCCAAACAACCACAUGUACCAAUACCACUGCCUGAGCUGGGAAAUGGAUCCACAUUGCGUUCUGCUCACAUUUUAACAUUUUGUUUUUCAGCCACUGGACCUUCUACUUUCCUCCCCACCUCAUCCCUCUAGAGCUUGGUUUUAUUUCUAACCUGACAUUUUGUGAGAGAUUUCUGUUAUGGUGGAAACCACGCAGUUAAACCAGACAUUUAAACUACAAAUAUCAGUUCAUCAUUCUGUGUAUAUGUAAGAAAAGCCAAAAAAGGCAAUAUCUUUGACAAGAAAUAAAAAGGGGCAGGAGGCUGUGUGUAGUUUUCACUUUUUCCCCUGGGAGUGUUGGCUGCAUAAGAAUAUAUCACUGCAUAAUUUUCCAAAGAGCUUUUUUUUUCUGUUCUUAAUGGCUUUAUGUAAAGAUUUACAUAAAAAGCUGGAGAGAGCUGGGAAGAAGUGAAAUUAGUGCUCAGUUCUGGCUAAGAUACAUUCUUUUAAAAACAUCAGUCUGAACUCCCCAAGUCCUUUAUUACCAUUAAAAGCACAGGUUGCUGUGCUGAUUGAGAAGGAGAAGAACCCUGCAGCACAGACUGUUGAUUAGCCAGUGUGCAGAAAGAUCCCAAAAGCUGACCUAAGUGAGGCUAACAUUCAUUGUAUCUACAUGAAAUCUCCAAUCAGAGCUUCAGUGUGGCCACCAUUAUGUUCCAUAUGUAUUAAAAAUUUUCCUUUCCAGGUGUACAUUUCUCCUUGGCUUAACAACGUUGCCCAAGGAUGGACUGGAUUGCCCUUGAGCUGCAUAACCUGCACAUUAUUUGGCUGUGCCAUUAUCAGCAUUCCUCUCAUUAUUCUCUUCUCGGUGGUAAAAGAUGGGGGAGCAAGGAGGUAAUAAUUUGCUACUUGCCUGACUGCACAGUGAGUCUUGGGACCUCUUGGGUAAGCUUAGGUGUGCUGGCUGGUGUAACCAGCUCAGAGAUUGGUAAUAAAUACAAAGAGUCCCUUCUUUUGUCCUUAUAGACACUGUACUGACUUUUAUCUGUCCUGUCAUGUUUGUCUCUGUGCUUCAUAAUCUGAGAGGUGUGAGUCUUGGGGGGUUUUUAGCACAUUUCAAACAAUUUACCUGAUGGCAAGUUAGGAUUACAUAUCUGUCUGUAACUGCCAGGGCUCCUCCAACACCAUGAAAAAUCUACCACCGAGAACAAAAAGAAUUCCCAACUCAGUUAUGAUACUGGCUGUCUUCCAGUCCUCUGCUGUAGUAAGUAUUUGCUAGGAACUUUGUUACUUAAUUCUCAGUUUUCUCCUGAAAUCUUCCAGAAAUAGCAGAUAAACCCGGUGACUUAAUGCCUUUGAUUUAUUGAUUUGUUCCACCAACUUCUCUCUUGAGUCUUCAAUCGGUUACCUCUCCUUAUCUUUGAUAUUUGGAAAGUGUGAGUCUCUCAUUUAGAUACCACUCCAGCACCCUCUCAGUGAAGAAUGAUGGAAAAUAAAUCAUUUAGAUUCUUGGCAAUGUCCUUAUUGUCUUUAAUUGUUACUUCUACUUGUUUGGGUGGCCUGCCUGUUUGCUCCACUUUCUGCUUUUGGUGUACUGAGCAAAUGUUCAUUUUCAGUUUUAACUUCCUACUGUUUGCUCUUCAGAUUCCCUCUUAGCUUCCUCAAACUUCAUCUUAACUAUUAUAUAUCUUCCUUUCAGGUUUACACAGUUAUAUUUCCAUUCUCUGAAUGUUUCCUGUUUGCCCUGAAUAACUUCUAAAAUUUCCCAUUUAGUCAUAUCAACAUUUCUUUGUCUUUGUAUUCCAUUCAUCCAAGGGGUACCAUACUCCAUGGCUGUCUAUCAGCCCUUUCUAUUUUAAUUUGAGGAUUUCAGUUUUUCUAGUCCUUUUAUUUAGAGCCAUUGACUCUUUAAAAAGAAAAAGAGUUUUUUGUUUUUAAAUUUACCUUGAAUGUUACCCUGCUAGGUUUUGAGGGUAUUUUCCUCUUUAACCUUCCUAAAUGCUCACCUUUUCCUAAUUAGGGGCUCAGAAAUAAAGUAUCAGAAAUUGGA